AUGUCGGACACGAUGCUCAAAGCGAUCUUCUACGCGAGGUUUCACGAGGAGAAAGGUCCCACCGUCCUGCACCAAGUCCCCGAAGGCAGCGUCAUCCCCCUCGCAAACACAACCCAACAACCACUCUUCCACUUCCCCAGUGUAUCCAACCACAUCAUCCCACGCCGCGAAUUCUGCGAUCGCCCGUUGAGUCUGCUCGCCUCCCACCACCGCAUCAUUGGGUUUCCUGUUUGCAUUCACAAUCCUGUACUCUAUCCCCGCUCUGAUUUUAUAUUUAAUUUUUGCUUGGUGGUUGAUGAGAAGGCCGAAUGGGGUGCUUAUGCGAGCGUGGUGAGUAAAUUGGCGAGGUUGAUGAGGAAUUUAGAGGAGCAGACUGGGUGGUUGAGUAAAGAGGAGAGGAGGGAAGGCUGGGUGAAGGCUGGGGAGAGGGGAUACGGGGGCGGUAAUCGCGUUUUUGCGAUUUGUGAGAUGGUGUUGGAGGAUUUGAAUUGCUAUUGCGAGUGCAUGAUUCCUAUUGAUGACUCGAAUACGCUGAACCUCAAACUGUUUCCUACCAGGUCACCACCGCCGCCGAUACAGAUCUAUCAUGUUCCUCUGAGUACUGUUCGCUUCAGCAGUCUGCAGACGAAUACUUGGGAUCUGACUGUCCAGCGAAUCAUACCGUAUAUCGAUGGCAUCAACUCGGUGCAAAAGAUUGCUGUACUCGCUGACACGGAUCUAACACUUACUCGACGAGCACUCGCACAUUUGCUAUACUAUGGCUGCAUCUUGAUGCUCAACACAUUCCACUUUGGCGCCAUCUACGCAGCAACAGCCGAAAUCGGCGUCUUUGUCGAGGACACAAAGAUGCAAGACGAGUGCAGGAGAUACAUCGUAACACCCCACUCGCCAUUCAAAAACAGCAUCGCCGACUCUUCCUCGACCACAAACGCCGCCACAACCCACGCACAAAGUUCUUCUUACAACGGCCCCUCAAGUUCCCUCCUCAAACACCACAAAAGCAGCAAUCUCAACCCAUCCUCGGCGUCCUCCCAACCCACCCCUCCUUCACGAGCAACAGUGCUCCAUCUCUACGCUUCCCUACGCCAAGGCCUUCCCCUGCGAGACUGGUGCCUAGCCCACGCAUCCUCACUAGCUUACAUCGACAUCCGCCGCUUCAUCACCUUUGGCAUCAUAAAAGGCUUCUUGUACCGCAGCCACCGCUACGCCAUUGCCCUCAGAGCAGCAGACACGGCCGCCGAUGCAGCAGUAGCGGCCGCAGAGGAAGCAAUGCGCAAACACCGCCACGCGGAAAAAACAUGGCGUAAAGCUGCCAUGAGCAGUGGAUGGCGCACCCCCGUCGCUUUGCACGAAGAAGCAGCUCUAGAUGGUGGGUUUGGGGGUAUGGUUGCCAGAGGUAAACACGAAGUCGAUGUUGUUGAAGCGGAGGAUCAGAAUAAAAAGAUGGAAGAGCAGGCGGCAGAUGGCAAGAUGCCUGGUGCUGAGGAAUUGGGCAAAGGGAGGAGUUUGGCGGAUCAGUUUUUGGCGAGGUAUUUGGAUGGGUGUCAUUGUUUGGAUGAGGUGUGUACGGAUACGGGUAUGGGGCAGCAGGAGGCCGUUAAGAAGUUGAGGGCGUUGGGGGAUGUGGUGUUCGUGAAUCGAUAG